GAUCUCAAGAUCAUGCGUCAACUCAAGCAUCAUGAGAAGAAGCUUCUCAAGAAGGCAUGACUUUCUGUCAUGGAAAUCAGACGCCGGGAUGCGCGAGACAAAGGUCAUGAGGCGCUAUCACAUCCAAGAGCGUGAUGACUACCACAAAUACAACACCUUGGUAGGCAAGAUACGCCACCUCUCGUUGCGCCUCUCGACGCUCCCCGCCGAGGAUCCCUUUCGUUCAAAGCAAGAGUCGCAGCUCCUGUCCAAACUCUAUGAGAUGGGCCUGCUCGACACGGGUGCCAAGAUGAGCGACAUUAUGGAAAAGGUGACGGUCAGCGCAUUUUGCCGGAGGAGGCUACCCAUCGUCAUGUGCAGGCUCAGGAUGAGCGAGACAGUCAAGCAGGCAGUCACCUACGUUGAGCAGGGCCAGGUCAGAGUCGGGACAGACGUCAUCACAGACCCAGCAUUUAUGGUGACAAGGAAUCUCGAGGACUUCGUCUCAUGGCUCGACCAGAGUCACGUCAAGCGUACCAUUGCCAAGUACAAUGAUGAGCUCGACGACUUCGACCUCCUUUGAAAGGGGUGACGAUGCUCUUCUUUCUCCUCACUGCGAGUCAUAUCCUCUCUUUACCAUUUGUACAUUAUCGUUCUGGAUUUCAAGCAUAGAUUGGUGUUCUGCUAGCCACCAUCGACG